GCCUAUUCACACCUCGGCCAGCCCGUGGUGGCCAGGACUGGUUUGGGAAGGCAGCGCCCCAGGGGCCAGGGACCCGGAACUGGCUGCUGCAUCCUGCCGCUGCACACCAGCAUCUUGGAGCAUCUCGGGCUGGAGCCUCUGCUGCCUUCCCUUGGGGACCCAGCCUUUGCCCCCCACACCAUGAAGCUGCAGGUGUUCUGGACUGGCCUGGAGUACACCUGCCGGCUCUUAGGCCUCGCCACUGCUGCAGCUGCUGCUCCCUGAGACAGAAAAGCCCACCCAGGCUGUGGGUCACAGGCUCACUGAGGCCAAGGAGCCCAGCCCAGGGCAGCGCUGUGGCCAAGCACCUGGGCUCACUUCCUCCUCUCCUCCCCCCAGUGCUGAUCGGCGUGGGCACUGAGACCUUCCUGCAGGCUCGGUUCAGAAGCCUGGCUUUCUACCUACUAUUUACAGGAGCCGCCGUCUCUUUGUGUGAAGGGGCCUACUUUGUGACGCGGCUGCUGAGCUUCUGCUUCCAGUGUCAGCCGGGGUCCCUGGCCUACAGAGCAUGGGAGAAGGCCCAGUGGCUGGGCUGCUUCCAGAAGUUCCUGGCCUACAUGCUGCUGUCCGUGGCCUGCUUCCUGCACCCUGUGCUGGUCUGGCACGUGACCAUCCCAGGCUCCAUGCUCAUCACCACUGGCCUGGCCUACUUCCUGCUGAGCAAGCGGAAGAACAAGGCUGUCCCGGAGGCUCUGGCCUCCCCAGAGCAGUACACAGACCCCUCCAGCAGUGUCGUGAGCACCACUGGCUCUGGGGACACGGAGCAAACCUACACCUUCCAGGGGGCUCUCAAGGAGGGGCCCAGCUCCCUCUUUCUCCACAUGAAGAGCAUCCUGAAAGGGUCCAAGAGGCCCAGAGCCCACCAGCACCCAAACACCUUGACAGAGCUGACUCUGGAGCCAGCUGGCCUGCUGGCCAAGAAGAAGCAGGUGCACUUUGAAGAUAACAUGUCAGAUGUCAGAAUCAUCCCCUCCCUCACCGAAGGCCUGGGUGACGAGGACAGUGAGCCAGAGGAGACAGCCUCUGACACCACCCCCAUCCUCCCGGCACCCCAGGCCCCACUUUUCCUGGCUUCUCUCACAGGAACCGGCCUCUUCUGAGCUGUUUGCCCCCGCCUGGGGCUCUGCAGAGACAGGUGGGCCUACCUGGAGUUUCCUGAUUCUGAGGGUCCUCCAGGGCAGUCACAGGUGAGCUCUUCAAGGAGUCUGGGCCUUUAGGGCCUCAGGCUGUAUGGCAGGCCCUGCAGAGGCUUGGAGAGAACCACAGAAGCUCAACAGCCUCAGCCCAGAACAAGUUCUUCCCUCCUGGACGUGGAGUGUGGAAAGCUUUGUGCUGCACCCAAAAGGGAGCUUCACUCCCACCUCAUGCAGGUCUGCCUCAGCCCCAGGAGAAGUCAUCUUGCUCUGCACAUAGGGCCCAGCUUUCUACAAGCACUCACGGCCCACCCAUCCAGCUCCAAGGGACCAGGAAUGCCCCGCAAGGGAAGCGUCUCCAAGGAGAGUGUUGAAAGCAGCCAUCACACCCCAAACGAGAUUGCUUAGAGGACGGGAAGGGAAGCAAAACUACGUGGCCUCAACCACACCCAGUGCCACAGUGGGCCACAUUCUCUCCACGCUCUGGGGCUGGCGCUGGACAGCAGGCGCUGCAGCCCCGGGAACAAUGGCACUCUGUGCUCCCUGCAGGGCAAACAGGGCCAGACGUGAAGUCCGCAGCAGACGUGUUGCUGAGAGAGCCCUGCCUCCCCACCAUGGGGAAUUCAUCAAGAUUCCAAGUAGAUGACAUAAACUAAACAAUCCUGAAAGCCGCCGGCAGGGCCGCAGCGCAGGACACAGAGCCCGCUGUGUGCAGCCCACGGCGGCAGCGCCAGGAGACGCCCCGCGCAGACCAGCAGCCACGCCAUGCUCCGGGGUCUGGUAGCAAAAUAGUUGACAAAUAAUAUGCUUGUUCAACGUGGAAGAGAGGGACAGGUGAGGCAGGAAGGUGGGGGAAAAGGAGAAGGGGAUAGGCAGACUAGCUCUCUACUGAGAACCUGCAGGUUGACAGCCCAGGAUGUCAACAGCCCAGGUGACAAGAAACACACCUGGAAGAGUAACGUCUGAGCUGUCAGCCCCGAUGCAAUAAGCACUUCUGUAAAACCAAGCGCUAGAGUUUGGCUCGGACUAUGUCUUGGAGGUGAGGUGGGCACUGGGCCCUGGGAGUCCCAGGUGAAGAGAUGUGCCUGUGAUGCAAGGCAGCGAGGUGCCCUGGGCUGGUCAUGAGUCAUGAGAGCGCGUGGGACAUGCACCAUUCGAGGCCGGGCUGGCUGUGAUCUGACCGCUCAGCAAAGUCAAACCCUCCGGCACUCUCACUGCUAUGGGAGAAAGUCAGAAUGAGAGCGUCACAUAGACCAGAGCCUGUGCCAGGUAGAUAGCGAGAAAGUGGUUCUCCUCAGAGAAGGACGAAUGCCAUGCAUCUCCUCCGACUCUCCGCCGAGACAUUCCGGGCUCCCAUCCUGCCCCACUGCCCACCCUGCAAAGACGUGAUGAUGGCCACCAUCCUCUCUGAGAAACAGGACUCCGAGGACUGUCCCUGCUCUGGGCCACCUCCCUUUCCCUGCAAAAACUGGAAAAGAUGUUUGAUAAGUGACGAACUCUGGAAGCAAAAAGAGCACAAACCUGGUGCCAUUCCAUGUGCCGCUAGCACGCUGGCUGGCCUCUGGUCUCAGGUUCCCACCCUGGGAGGUGGGAAGAGCAACACUUCUCUCAGGACUGGUCCAGUUGCUUCUCCAGGAAGAUGGGAAAGGGCUUUUCAGAUUACAAAUCACCCAAGCUGAUGAGUGUACAUAUUCCUGUUACUGAAAGGGCCUCCCAGGAGGAAGGCUCCGAAAAGCACACACCACCGAGCCUCACGACUGCAGCAAGGCCGAUGCAGGGCCAAGAGCUCCUUUCUUGAUUCCAGUGCAAGAGCCUGGAAACUGGACGAGGCCACACCUGGCUGACAGCAAGCCAGAGCAGACCCCAGCCACGGUGCUGUGCUGGGGUUCAGCAGGUACAUCCUCUCUCUCCCCAGCCAGUCCUAAAGAAUGUUUGUGUUUAAUUUUUACACCUACUUAUUGAGAUAAAAUUCACAUGCCAUAAAAAAAAUCAUCAAUUCACAAUGCUCAAUUAAAUGCUUCUUAGUAGAUUGGUAAGCCCCAACCCCUGAAGACUACUUCUCUGGUUUAUGUCUAAGAGCUUGACUUUUUCACUUCCAAAUGAGAUAACGUAGCAUUUCUUGAUCUCAUUUCACUUGGAACAGAGUCCUCAGCCCAAGCGUAUCACCGCAGAGGGAAGGAUUUCCUUCCUUCUCCUGACUGGACAGCACCCGCGUGUCUGUGUGCUCUUGUGUCUGUGUCUGCAUUCAUCGGUGGGUAGGCAGUUGUUUUUCAUAUCUUGACUUGUGAAAAGUGCUGCAUUGACUGUGCAAGGGAGACCUCUCCUUGUGAUCUAACUUUCAUUUUUACUGGAUAUAUAGCCAGAAGUGGAUUGUUGGGUCAUAUGGAAUUCUAUUUUUAAUUUUUGAGGAACCUCCAUAUUGUUUUCUACAGUGAGUAGCUAUAACAAGUUACAUUCCCAUCAAUGUGCACUGGGUCCCCUUUUAUUCACAUCUUUGCCAGCACUUGUUACCUCUUGUCCUUUUGCUAAUCGUCAUUCUAACAUAUAUGAGCUCAUACCUGAUUGUGGAUUUGCUUCACAUUUCUGAUGAUAAUGAUGUCAAGUACCUUCUCGUGUACCUGUUGGCCAUUUUCUUUGGAAGACUGUUCAUUCUGCUUCUCUGCUCAUUGUAUAAUCAAAUUAUUUCCUUGCUAUAUGAGUUCUUUAUAUAACUGGAUACUAAUCCUUUAUCACAUAUGCGAUUAACAAAUAUUUUCUUCCAUUCUAUAGGUUGUUUUUUUAUUUUAUUAAUGCUUUCUCCUACUAUUCAGAAAGUUUUUAGUUGGAUGUAGCCCAACUUGUUUAUUUUUGUUUUGGUUGCCUUAUUUUCUACAGCAAAUCUAAAAACUCCUUGUCAAGACCGAUAUCAAACAAUUUAUCCCCAAUGUUGAAUAUAAGUGACAAGAGCAGA